UCAUCUACGAAUCUAAUUGCCAAACAGACCCCCCCCCCCAAAAAAAAAAAAAAAAAAAAUAUCGUUUGAUGCACAGUUGAUAAAAGUAAACUCAACAAGAAUAUUCGAGAUGUAGAGGAAAAACAGUUUAAUAAAGACACGGCAGCAAUCCAAUCAAAACCGCUAUUGCCACGAAAAACAAGACAUCCAUCACAACGUGCAUAGCUUUGAAUGUGAAUAAUAUUCAACGAUGAAGUUGGGAAACGUUUUGAUAUCAAAACGGUCAUGCCGACAAGACGAGCCAUCUUCAUUCAAAUUAAAUAAAGUGUCCUUCACACAAAGAAAUAGAGGUGCAGACCUCACCAUGAUCUGUUGUAAGGAAUGUAUGUGCACCGACAAAACUGGAGCAUUUCAUAAUUAACUAACUAAAAUCUCAUAAAUAACGCUAUAACACUCCAACAUGCCGGACGUAGAUUCUACUGAAAGUUCAUUGAUGCAAGCUGCAAGAUGUGGACACUUAAAAAAAAUGCAUCGACUUAUAAAAGGCGGAGCUAAUGUCAACGCGGUAAAUGAAAACGGUGAAACAGCAUUAAUGAUUGUUGCCCAAAAUCGGUCCUUUAUACCUGAAAUGGCGAUCUCGUUAAUGAAUGGUGGAGCUAAUGUCAACAUCAAGGACAAAGAAGGCAAAACAGCAUUGAUGUAUGCCAUAGCUUUUGCAAAUGAAAACACCGCACCUGCGAUAAUGGAGAACAGCAAGGAUCUAGAUUUAAAUGCUGUUGAUAAUCGAGGCCAAACAGCAUUGAUGAAAUCUGUUAUACAUGGGAUAACGGGAUUUGUUAUUUCACUAGUCAGACGUGGUGCUGAUGUCAACAUGAAGGAUAAAGAAGGCCAAACAGCAUUGAUGCAUGCUAUUGCUCAGAGAGACGAAGACACUGCUCUUCCAAUAAUUGAUGAGCACAGUAAAGAUCUAGAUUUGAAUGCUGUCAAUAAUCAAGGCCAAACGGCAUUGAUGAAAUCUAUUAUAUAUGGGAUGACGACAAUUGCCGAUGCACUUAUCAAACGUGGUGCUGAAGUGAAAGCUACUGUUAAUAAAAUGUCGCCUAAUGCAAGUGCACUAAUCAAGCGUGGUACUGAUGUCAACAUCAAAGAUAAAGAAGGCCAAACAGCAUUGAUGCAUGCUAUUGCUCAGAGAGACGAAGACACUGCUCUUGCAAUCAUUGAGCACUGUAAAGAUCUAGAUUUGAAUGCUGUCGAUAAUCAAGGCCAAACAGCAUUAAUGAAAGUUGUUAUUUAUGGAAUGACGAGAAUUGACGAUACACUGUACGAUAGCGUUCUUUUAGGCGAAACAGCAUUGCUACGGAGACGUGUUUAUGUUAAUAUAAUGACGAGAAUUGCCAUUACACUUAUCAAACGUGGUGCUGAUGUCAACUUUAAGGACAAAGAGGGCCAAACAGCAUUGAUGCAUGCUAUUGAUCACGGGGUUGAAGACAUUGCUCUUGCAAUAAUUGAGCACAGUGAAGAUCUAGAUUUGAAUGCUGUCGAUAAUCAAGGCCAAACAGCAUUGAUGAAAUCUACUAUAGAUGGGAUGACGACAAUUGCAAUAGCACUUGUCAAACGUGGUGCUGAUGUCUACAUCAAGGAUAAAGAAGGCAAAACAGCAUUGAUGCAUGAUUUUGUUCCGAGAGGCGAAGAAACUGCUCUUGCAAUAAUUGAGCACAAUAGAGAUCUAUAUUUGAAUGCUGUCGAUAAUCAAGGUCAAACAACAUUGAUGAAAGCUAUUAUAGUUGGGAAGAUGACAUUUGCCAUUGCACUUAUCAAACAUGGUGCUGACGUCAAAAUAAAAGAUAAAAAAGGCAAAACAGCAUUAAAGUAUGCAAUAGAUUAUAAGAGAGAUGCCAUAGCUACUGCACUAAUCAGUAAAACUGGUAACGAAUUUAGUGUAAAUAGCGUCGAUAAUAAAGGCCAAACAGCAUUGAUGAAAGCUAUUAUAUAUGGGAUGACGGGAAUUGCCAUUGCAAUCGUCAAACGUGGUGCUGAUGUCAACUUAAAGGACAAAGAGGGACAAACAGCAUUGAUGCAUGCUAUUGAUCAGGAAGACGAAGACAUUGCUCUUGCAAUCAUUGAGUGCAGUAAAGAUCUAGAUUUGAAUGCUGUCGAUAAUCAAGGCCAAACAGCAUUGAUGAAAGCUAUAACUAUAAAUAAGAUGAUGACUUUUUCAAUUGCACUUAUCAAACGUGGUGUUGAUGUCAACGUCAAGGAUAAAGAAGGCAAAACAGCAUUGAUGCAUGCUAUUGCUAAGAGAUACGAAGACACCGCUCUUGCAAUCAUUAGGUACUGUAAAGAUCUAGAUUUGAAUGCUGUCGAUAAUCAAGGACAAACAGCAUUGAUGAAGGCUGUUAUUAAUGGAAUGGCAACUAUUGCAGAUGCACUAAUCACACGUGGUGCUGAUGUCAACAAGACGGAUAUAAAAGGAAGAGUGGCCUUGAUGUAUAUUGGCUUAGCAGAUUUCGAUAAGGAUUUUCGUUUUGAUGCCGGAAUGUUAACUCAUGAACUGAUUAAAGCAGGUGCAGACGUAAGCAAGAGCGAUGACGAAGGUAGUACAGCUUUGAUGUACAAUGUGAGGUAUGAAGCGUCGGUCAAAGAAUUAAUGCAAAGAGGUAAAGCACCGGUGGACUCAAAGAAUGAUCAAGGCAGAACAGCAUUGUUUUAUGCGCUGGUCGGAUCCAUCUUAUCUGCUCGAUAUCUCGUAGAAAAUGGUGCAAAUCUUCAUUUCACCGACAAACACAAUGUCAGUGUGUUAUCGUAUUUCAUACAUCACUGGAUUAAUAACGGUGGAGCCGAUGAAAAUUUAAUGUAUGAAAAGUGUGCUUUAUUAAAAGAUAAUGGAGUCAAGAAAGAAACAAUAGUGAAUGCACUUAUUAACGCCAUAUUCUGUAAAUUGCCACUUAUAAAAAGUCCAGUAAACACCAUCUCAAAAACGUCCAUCACAACAUUGCUUACUUAUGCUAUCAAACUAUCAAGGAAAAGUGUAAGCUUCAGGAAAGAUAAUAAAUGCAGAUUAUUGCAAUACCAAGUGGAUUCGAUCGACACAGACGAAUAUUCUGUGUCAGUAUCUGAUUUAUCAAAAAGGCUCGAUAAACUUCUGGAACUUGGUGCGGAUCCAAAUACUUGUGAUGAGCAAGGCAACACCAUUGCUCACCACAUCACUUUACUAGGGAUGUAUGAUAACACUGUUGAAGCUAAAAGUAUUAUUGAUGUUCUUCGUUGGUUGGAGAAAAAGGGAUUGGAAAUCAACCAGACAAACUGCAAUGAUGAAACACCAUUGCUCUUCAUGCUAGCAAAACCUGUUAACCAUAAUGAGAGAAGGCUUAAUAACGAAUACAUUUCAGAUAUGUGCAUUUUUUUCCUUGAAAAAGACAGAACGAUAGUUAAAGGAACCACUCAAACCGGCGAUUCAGUAUUUCAUCUCUUAAUCAAGCUUUCAAGUGUGGGAGAUUCAAACGAGGAAUCUUUAGAGCGAUCUAUAGUUCAAUUAUUACGAUUGUUUUCAAAUUCACGAUGCAAACUCAGUCGUAUUGUUAACAUACCUAACGAUGAAUUGAAUACUCCUCUUCAUGUUUGGGCGGCCGGAUCACAGCCAAAAUCAAGAGCAGGGAAACGUAAUAAUCAGCUUGCUUCUGAGAAAUUGAAUUGCCAGGGACCUUCAGAAGAGAUACUUGAUCAGCUUUUGCUUUGUGGUGCUGUGCAUCAUGCAAGAAAUCUGAAGGCCGAAACACCUCUUCAUAUGUGUAGAACCUGGACUGCUGUAAAGCUUUUGUUUAGAGAAGGAGCAAAGACGAAUGAUGUAGACUCAUUAGGACGAUCGCCUUUACUUUCAGCAGCAAAGAAUUUUCUAUUUCUUGAGAAUCCCGGCUGUUUUUAUCCGGACAUUUCACCAGAUGAAGCACCGACGUUUUGGGAAACAGUUCUUGACAUGGGUUUUGAUUUGUGGACUUGCGACAAGAAUGGAGAUUCUAUCAUUAGCAUUCUUAUAAAGGAAAACUGUUUUGAGCUAGCUGAUGGUUUGAUUGAAAUUACUUGUAAAAACAGCAAAAAUCUACAAGAUGAAACUUUGGUGGGCGUGUUGAAUGCAAUCUGCAAAGAUAAAGUCACUCACACAACCUGGAAAAGUAUUCUAGUUGACAAAUUGCUUAAACAACUCAAAUCCACAAGACGCCCAUUAGAUAUGAGCUUACCUCUUCGUUCCUGCUGCAUGAAUAUCAUUGGUCAUUUUGCUGAACCUCGUAUAUUUUUCGAUGUAACUGAUGAUGGUGAACCGUCCCUGGAUCCUGUCCCUAUGGAUGUUCAUUAUGAAGUUGCUAAACAACUUCUACGCUACGGUACGUCCGGUGAAUCUUGCCUGGAUGUUGCUGAAGGAUGUCUACCUCUACAGGAUCUACUUUCUACUCCUAUCUCUAUGGAAGAAAGACCUUUUAUCAUACCCUGGACAUCUCACUCUCAGAAACACAAGAACCAGCUAGCUGAAGUUGCAAGAGGACUCAACUGUAAUUUCCAGGAACCAUAUUGGUAUCAUAACAAGGAAAUCGGCCGUGGGGCAUUUGGACAAGUCUUCGUAGGCAUUCACGGAAAAGACGGCAUGGAAGUAGCCGUUAAAAGAGUCCAUUAUACGCAACAGGAUCGAGAAGAAGAUAUUCGAGAGAUUAGAAGCUUUGCCUCUCUUCCUAAAUGCGAGCAUAUUGUUCGUUAUUUAACUUUCCUUCAAACCGCUGACUAUUCCUUUAUAAUUAUGGAAUUGAUGGAAGGAGAUCUGGGCGGAUAUUUUGCCAAUAAUGUUUACGACCAAAGGCAAACCAAAGUGCUCUGCCGAGAUGUGGCAUUCGGCCUAAAGUAUCUUCAUGAGCAGAAUAUCAUUCAUCGCGACCUCAAACCAAGCAACAUUCUUUACAAAACUGAUCCCCAACUCUACCUGAAGAUUGCUGACUUCGGUUUGAGCCGUCGUGUAGACGUCAUUACUUCCAAUACUGUUAUGGUCACCGGAGUCGGGACUCGUGGUUGGAUUGCACCGGAGGUUAUGAAAUCUACCACUCACGAACAUUCCACGUCAUCGGAUGUCUUUUCGUGUGGUCUUGUUUUUCAUUAUAUCUUGUCAAAAGAUAACAGACAUCCAUUCAGUCCAGCGGACUUCGCUGACAAAAGUGAGCUGGAAAUCAUACCUAAAACAGAAACCAAUAUUUUGAAUAAUAAUAUGGAAGGAUGGGACAGCGGUCUUGAUCCUGAAGCAUCUCAUGUUAUUAAAAGAAUGCUUAACUGUACUAAUGAGAAAGAAAGACCGAAAGCAUCAAUGUUGUUACACCAUCCAAUGUUUUGGUCAAAGAAGAAGAAGCUUGAUUUCCUCAGCUCUGUUGGUAACCAAGAAGAAUUCGAAUGUCCACGUGCUAAAAGGACUGCUCCAUUAACAAUGGUCGAACAAGAUCUAGAGAACGUGUUUGCAACGAUAGUGAAGUUAGUACAGAACAUGUCUGGCAUUUUGCUGCUGAAAAGACUGCCACAGCGUUUCUUGCUCGACCUCUGGUGAUGAUGGAUUUUGUCCUCGCUACGGACCAAGCAUGGAACCCAGUUAUGCACAGCAGACUGUAUAUUUAUCGAUUCUAUUACAGACUGAUUGACAUUACAUUUUAUAUAUCGUGAUUUAUAAGUAAUGACAUUUAUUGUAGUUUUGUAGUUUUACAUGGCAGUCAAUCCCGUUAACGUAGCUCAGAGAUGAAGAGACACAAAGAAAGCAGCAAAGUCAUUUGAUAUUUUAUUUUUUUGAUGUUUGCCGAGAAUAAUUUAAUUUCAACCUGAAAAAAUAUCACUACGUCCAAUGCAAAUGCAGAUAACAUUUAAUAUUCUAGGUAUCUGGAGUAUUAAAUUGGACUAAUUAUUUCCCGCGAAUUUCAAAAAACAGGUCUUUGUUGUUGCCUUGAUGUCUUUUCAACUGGUCAGCGUACAUGACAUGGGAUCAGUGAUUGUAGUUUUAUAGGAAGAGAUAGUAAUACCUUGAUGUACAGGUGGAACAAAAUAUUACUCAAAAUUGUACAUAAGACGCACUUUUUACAUCAAUUUCAUUGUAGUUUAUGCAUAUACUAGUUUUAUGAUAAAUGUAUUAGGAAUACACGACAAUCACACAUAAUUCAUUGGAGUUAAGUUUUUUGGCGUGACGUAAUAAUGCGACAGAACCGAAUUCGACAAGGGGUGGUUCAACCCUGUAAAACAUAUACAGCGUGUAUGCAGAAUACUAUUGCAUUUUAGUGUCAAUGUUGGAAAUAGCUAAAUAUGUGAUAUAGACUAUCCCAUACGUCGGUCCCAGUGCCCUCUCGAUUGGAUUUUUUGGUAGAUUACGUGCUGCUGUUUCAGCAAGUUUAAGUGACAAAUCGAAAAUCUACCGUGAAGAAAGAUUAUGACGACUUGGGGAAUCAGUCUUUUUAUUACUACAGUAAACAAUGAAAGUUUUAUUACAGAAUAAACUUUAAACAUGCAAUAUUAGUAUUAGUAAAUAAGUAAUGUGCAAGUAUAAAUAUUACUAACAGUCAAUAAAUAACAAAUAGAAUAAGAAAAAUUUGUAGAAUAGGGGAAAUAGAAACAAGAAAAUUGUCUGAA